AUGCCUUUCCUCAUCGGCAGAACUCAGCGGUUCUUGUUCUUUGAAGAUGUCAAGAUGAAGGCCACUGGCAAUAAUAAGUCCACCAUCACCUUCACCAUUACUUCUGAUUCCACCCACAAACGGAUUCAUAUGCUGGAACCCGAUGUUCGCCUCAGCUUUGAGGCCAUCUCUAUCACGACCACCAAUGUUCAAGUUGAUGAACGUGACUUUCUUGCCAGUGGCAGUGAUGAAGAGGCCUACUCAAAGAUUUCUGAUUUGCUUGCUUCUUUGGCUAUUAACCCCAGUGAUAAACAAAUCAUUGGCUAUAAGUUAAUCAAGGAGGCGCGCAUUCUCUCUCGCAGAAACUCCUGGUCUGGUUGCAAUAAAUUGAUCAAUGUGGAGAUGAAGCUGAUAACGACGUACUGGUGGCAGGGUACAGUCCCUGCCAGCUGCUCGUCAGUCGCUGAUCUGGGAAAAGGAAGAUUUGAGGAGUUUGCCUCCGAGGAUAGCUAUGGUGGUGAGAGAAGCUGCUCAAUCUGUUUGGAGGAGUUUCAGGCAGUUUCAGAGGUCAAGCGCAUGCCUUGUUUGCAUAUAUUUCAUGGCAGCUGUAUUGAUCAGUGGCUGAAUAAGAGCCAUCACUGCCCGCUCUGCCGCUUCAAGAUGCCAGCUUCUUGCGUUGAUCUCAUGCAGUAA